AUGCUGCUGGCUGCUGUGGCUACGGUCGCGGCACUGGCUGUGCUGCAAUGCCAGCCCACAGAGGGCUUGAGCACUCGCACGGCGGAACGCGUCCGUCCAGUGGCCAACGCAACGACUUCCUUCUCUUCGGCGAGCGGCAAUGCGUGGGACGCUGGCCGCCCGCCUUGCACGGACAACUUCCUCGCCAUCACCGCCGACAACACCUACGUCGACAUUGGAGACAACCAGCGCGCAAGCGUGCUUGGGCUCGAGCUGGACGCCGGCGUGGUUGGCGGCGUGCUGAUUGGCGUGGGCGGCGCGCUCGAAAUCUCCGGACCCGAGGUGCUGGAGGAGCCGUCCCCGUGCCCGUCCUUGCGCGACGUCUCCAGCCGCAUGAUGACGCCAACCAGCGUGAGCGUGAGCUGGGAAACCAACUCCGUUGACGCCUUCUUGUUCCUCACUGUCAACGACAACGUCUACGACAUAACGGAUACCAGCGCCAUCGCUGUCGCCGACUCUGGCGACGAGGAGUCCCCGCCUCGCUACCAGUGGAUCUCCGAGGUGGAGUAUUCCGAAAGCCAGUCCAUCACCCUUCGGGCCGUCGCCAAAGACACCAACAACACGGCCUCUUGGUCCACUGUCCACGAUCCCGUGUCCAGGGCCGUCCAGUGGGUGCAAACCGGCGCAAACGGUGGCCCACUCUCCUGGGCCGAUGCCGGCACUGAGCACUGGAAGCCACGGCAGCCGUGUGACUCCGAUCACACGCUCCUGCGCUCGUCCGGAGGCUCAUACGAGGUCACCCUCAACAGCGCAGUCGUCGUCAACAGCAUUCAGUUUGAUCUCUCCACUGGCAUUGUUCUGGACACAAACGGCGAGCUCAUUUUGGAGCUUGCUCCGCCAGGCAGCACCUGCGAUGAUGGCGACCCCUUUUUCACAACCACCACCCCCACAACCACGACACCCACAGCGACCACAGCAACCACGACAACACCAGCCAGCAACACCACGGCGCCUGCCCUCGGGCCAUCAACAACAGGAACAACGACCACGACAACAACCAAAGGCAGCGGCGCAGACAGCUCGACGAGCUCAUCGUCGUCCACCAUUCCCAUCGCUGCCGGUGCAGGCGGUGGCGGGCUCGUCAUCAUUGUCAUCAUUGUCGUGCUUGUGGUGCGCGCGCGGAAACGCCACAAGCUGCGCCCCGCCCUCGCAGACGGCAAAAGCACUGCCAACAUGUUUACCAACCCUGCGUACGACGGCGCAUAUGCGGGCGGCAUGGAGCCAAACGCGCUGUACGCGGGAGGUGGCGGUGGUGACGGGCAGCAUCCCGCCCACGAGCAGAACGUGCUCUACGAGUCGUCAAGCAGCGGAUACACGCCCGCGUCGUCCGCGUCCACGCCUGGGCAGGUGCCCAACGUCCUGUACGAGGGCAGCGGUCAGCAGCAGGCAGCACCGCCGCUCGCAGAUUACGAGGCCGUUCCCGACGACGACGACGACGACGACGUGUACGCCUCUGCCGGCGACAUCAAUCAGCAACCGCUCCAGACAAGGGCCUCACGCCUGCGCUCCAACCCGUCAUACAACGACACUGUCUUCACGGAGACACCACUUGGCUUUGGCCAGCCAGAUGCACAGGCCUGA